CACGUAUCCUCCACUAUAGUACAUCGGAUGGAUUCCAUCACUCACACGUCUGUCCGUCUGUAUUGUGCAAUUGAACACGCAUCUUUUGCUAUAUCACAGUAGAUAUAUCCCAUCACUCACGGUGGGUGAGUGAUGGGAUUCGCUUGAUGUGGUACAACACGCUUAGAUAUGGGAGAUUUUUUAUUUUUUAAGUAAGAAGUGUGCACAAACAGUGUAUGAGGAGGGGGAAGGCUUUUGUCAGUCAAAAGCUUCAUUAUAUUACUGAGAGAUAAUGGAGAGAAGAAGAAACCUUUAAUAGAAAAGGAUGGGAAAAGAAAAAAAAAAUUCCUGUGAAGAAAAGGGUGUUGCAGAGGAUCUUAACAGUCCACAAGAACAUGGCUAAAUUUAAAAAAGGGAAUCAUUUCUGAGGGAAAAGUGAAAAUAUUCAUUUAAAUAAGAUAUAAACACUAGACAGAAAGUAAUAUUUUCAUGACUAAUAUACAAAAAGUAGAUUCUCUGUUUUAAUACUUUUUAUCCUUCAAAUUCCCUCUUAUCAUCAAAAUCACCACCCUGAAUUUCCUUCCCCUUGAUUUGAAACACCAAACCAGGAAAGGGAAUAGAAAGAAAAUGAAGAGGUUGAAGAAUUUACAUCUUCUUCAUGUUCUCCUCCUUGCCCUCUGCCUUUUCUUCCCAACAUCUGUAACCAAACAGACCCCAACAAGCUAUUGUGGCAAAAUCAGAUCCAAAACUCUUUAUUUCCUCAAAACUCAACAAAUCCAUCACUUUUGAAUCAAAUGGUCCUCUGUAAAUCUCAGAAACUAUACUUCAGAACCUCUCUUGGUCUCUUCCCUAUCUCCUCCAUUGAUUACAAAAGUAAGCAACUCACCAUCUCUCACACUUUUUGUUCUUCUUCACUCCACUUUGUCUCUCCUUCACUUCUUUCAGCUGGUUUCCCAAGGCCCGAGUCCAAUUCUCUGCUUCUCUUCAACUGUUCAAAAAAUAGAGAUCAUUUGUUGCCACUUAUAAGUAAUUGCACUCACUUGCAUGGUUGUAAAGCUUAUUCUGAUCUUGGUAAUCAAGAACUUGAAGGGUUCUCUUCUUGUUUACUUGUGGAUGAUCUUGAGAAAAUGAAGGAGGGUUUUGAUCCAAAAGAUUUGAAUUGCUCACAUUACAGCAGAGUAUAUAGAAGGAGUACUUUAGUUGAUGGUGACUUUGAAGGAUUUGAGUUGGGGACAAGGAUUUCUUUUGAUAUUCCUGAUCAUGUACCAAAUAUAUGUGAUGAGUGUCAAAAGCCUAAUGGGAAUUGUGGGGUUGGAUUGAGGUGUGUUUGCCAUCCAAAAGAGUGUAAAGAUAAAGUCGUAUCUAUUGCUGUGACAAUGAACCCUUUUGGUAAUAUCCUCUUCUCUUUGCUUCCCUUCACUGUUGCAGUGAUUCUAUUCAAGGGUUAUUGAGGCUGAUCAAGGUAGAACUGCAUCUGAGUUGUUUGCUGUUUCGAAUCCGAAACGAGCUCGAAAGUCGAGACACUGGUCCUUCCUGUGCUAUGACUUUCUAGGCAAGUUCUUACGUUCUGGCUUUUCUCACCAAUGUAAUAUUCUGACUAUGAAAGAUAUACACAUAAACUCUGCAUAAUUUGAGACUCUUGAGUUGAUGGUUCAUUCAAACUGUAUGCUAGUGAAUUUAUCUUUACCACCAGUUUGUAUCAACAUUGAAGCUUCACUGAAUUCAUUGGAUGAAGAUGAACACCUCAA